AUGACUAGAAUCAAACUCGUCUUGAACCCGCACUACCGGAAGUCCGGCACGAAGUCAUACUUGUACGCCAUGCGCAAGUAUCGCUUCACGCCAACUAAGGGUGGCCCAUAUUUCCUCGGCACUACACUGGUACAGACUGGCCGACAGUUCACUAAUAAGCCUGUUGGAGGCCGUGCGCGGUUGCAGCAGGUGCUGCAAAAAAGGGACGUUGCUAGUGACGAGGUCGGGCAAGUGGGUGCCGACGAUGUGCAGAAUGACUCAAUGUAUCUUGCAGAAGUUGCAAUUGGUACACCUGCCCAGACGCUCAGUUUGAAUUUUGAUACAGGGUCUGCGGAUCUAUGGGUCUGGUCCACGGAGUUGCCGUCAAAGAUCUUGUCGGACAACAAGAACCAUACAGUCCUUGAUCCGACUAAAUCAAGCACGUUCAAAAAGAGGGAUGGCUCGACGUGGAAGAUUAAGUACAAUGAUGGCUCUUUAGCCUCCGGCACGGUCGGCAACGACAAUGUCGACAUCGGCGGGUUGGUGGUCGAAGGCCAGGCUAUUGAGAUCGCUGAUGUGUUAUCCGACCAGUUCGUACAGGGUGCUGGGGAUGGGCUGCUGGGGCUUGCAUUCAGUAACAUUAAUACCGUCAAGCCCCAAGUCGUGAGCACGCCUGUGGAGAAUCUGAUUUCGCAGUCUGACAUACCGAAAUCGGCUGAGCUUUUCACCGUAAAGCUGGGGUCAUGGCGAGACUCUGAUGAGCCAGAUAAGAGCGAGUUGUUCUAUACUUUUGGUUAUAUUGAUCAGGACACGGUGAAGGCCACAAAGUCAGAGAUUUCCUACACGCCUGUCGAUAACAGUCAGGGAUUUUGGCUGUUCGAUUCUACAUCAGCGACAGUGAAUGGAAAGUCAGUGUCUCGGGCUGGAAACAAGGCUAUUGCUGAUACGGGGACUGCUUUGGCGCUGGUGGAUGAUGAAACUUGUCAGGCCAUUUAUGAUGCUAUCCCCGGGGCAGAGUAUGACUAUGACAGUCAGGGGUGGAUUUUUCCAUCUACUACACCAGCUGAUAAGUUACCUGUCAUAUCUUUUGCUGUUGGGGAUACGCAGUUUGUUGUGCAGAAGGAAGAUCUAGGAUUCGCAGAGACUAAGUCUGGAUAUGUCUAUGGAGGCAUUCAAAGUCGUGGUACGAUGACCAUGGACAUUCUAGGUGAUACCUUCCUGAAGGCUAUCUAUGCAGUCUUCGAUGUCGGUAAUCUGCGCUUCGGUGCUGUGCAGCGAACGGAGCUUCAUCAGAAUCUCUCGGUUCCUUCUUAG